CAAAGAAGGCAACUUCCGUGCGAUGAAUCAGGCCGAAGUAACAAAGUUGAUGUCCCAGCUACGGGUAGCGAUACGCCCGCGCCACCGCAAUUUAAAGAACAGCGAUGGACCCGAAGGCCGGCUAAACAAGUUGCGCAAAACGGUGACGGCUCUGGUGAAGCACGAGCGGAUCGAGCUAAACUAUCAGCGGGCGGAUGAAGCACGCGGGUACGCGGAACGACUAAUAUCGGAUGCGAUACGCCACGGAGACUGCCACAAGCCUACGAUGGAAAUGGCAGAUUAUUGGCUGCUGGAGAAACAGCUGGUGCACAAACUGUUCAAGGUGCUUGUGCCACGGUUCGAGGAGUACAAGGUGUCCGCUACGCGUAUGUACAAAGCCCCCAAGGAAUAUCCGGGCUGGUAUCGAAAGCGAGCGGUUCUGGAGCUACGAGGCAAUCCGUACCCAUCGUUGCUUUCGAACCAAACGAACAAUCGGAACCUGCUGCAUAAUGUGCUGAUGGACGAAGCGAAGAAAGACUAUCGGAGGGAAAAAUAUGCGGAACUAGCGGCCCAGAUUGGAUCGGAAGCUGCGGUCGGGGAAAAUAGUAGUGCCAGCAGCGAGCAACCAAAGUCGGUUCAAUCGCAGGCUUAGUUUAGCUGUACGUAGAAUUAUGUCAUUUGCUUAGAUUUAUAGUAG